UGUGCGGCUGCGCGGGCAGAAAAAUACGAGCCAUCGCGGCUUCUGGAGCCAGCUCUCUCUCGCAGAGUAGCCCGCGCUGUGCUGUCCGUCGCGCUUUAUCUCCUACGUGCAGAAAUUCGCGUGUGAAUCCGCCGUCGCCACCCGGACGGUGUGCGCAUUCGAUCAGGCACGAGAGAGCACGAGUACGCGGGGCCGUGUCCGGAGAGAGUCGGGAGAAGAGCAGCAACGCACAACACACACGGACAGACGGGGAGAGCGAGAGAGAGAAAGGCUCGACGUAUGAUGGCUGCUGCUGGUGCCGCUAGUAGUGCUGCCCGCUGCCGCAGUGACGUCAGCCGCUCGUCGACGCUGCCGUCCGUCGUCGCACCUAGUGCCUAAUCCUACGCCUCUCGCCCGCGCGACAACAAUACACACGCACGCACACACACACACGGUACACGCAGGCCGAGAAAGAUAAGCGAGCGACCGAGGAGCUGCAGGAGGAGGAAACAUGCAGUCGUAACGUGAGUUCGCUUGGCUCGUCGGUCGACGUAUAGUCGUGGACACACGGACACGCGAGUGAGAAAGUGCUGACCGUCUCCCGUGGCACGCACGCAUACAGGCAGAGCGGAUCGGAGCAGCGGUGCAGCGCUAUCGUCGUCGUGGUGCGCAGAUUCCGCUCUCAACUGGGUCGGCCGCAGCAGCAGAGCAGCAGAGCUUUGACUCGCUUGGCACUCUCAAAAUGUUGUUCGUUUUAUGACAAACCGGAAACUCGUCCAGCAGCGUGCUCGCAGCCCGGAGAGUUAGGAGCAGCAGCAGAGAGCAUUAUCCAGACUCGUGGUUCCGGAUAGCUCGGCAGCCGGCGCAGUGCAGUAGCAGCGAGCUAGCUAAGCACCAGUUGAGCGAGGAUAGGCAGCAGGACGGCGACGGUGACGCCCCAGCAACAGCAGGGCAUCGACCUGGUGCAACCGGCGCAAGCGGCCGAGGAGGCAGCCGAGGAGGCGGAGGAGGAGGAAGGGCCUACUACUGCUGGUGGCGCAGGCGGAGGAGGAGGAGGUGACGGCGGCGCCGAGGAAGUAGAGGAGGAUCUCGUAACUGCAUCAGAGCUGGCUUGCGCGGCGGCCGCCUCGACGAGCACCACGGCUGCGACGAGCGCUACGGCGGCGGCUGCUGCUGCGGCUGUGGCUGUGGGACGCGGCGGCACGGCUGCGAAUGCGAGGCGCAUGCCUUACCUCGGGCCUGACAUGUCGACUACCCGACUAUCCACCAUGUUCUACACGGUCGAGGUCGGGGACACCAAGUUCACCAUCCUCAAGAGAUACACCAACCUCAAGCCCAUCGGCUCGGGGGCCCAGGGUAUCGUUUGCGCGGCGUUCGACACAGUGACUCAGCAGAAUGUGGCCAUCAAGAAGCUCUCGAGGCCCUUUCAGAACGUCACGCACGCCAAGAGGGCAUAUCGGGAGUUCAAGCUCAUGAAGCUCGUCAACCACAAAAACAUAAUCGGACUGCUGAACGCCUUCACGCCGCAGAGGUGCUUGGACGAGUUUCAGGACGUCUAUCUGGUGAUGGAGCUCAUGGACGCGAACCUCUGCCAAGUCAUCCAGAUGGACCUGGACCACGAGCGCAUGUCCUACCUGCUCUACCAGAUGCUCUGCGGCAUCAAGCAUUUGCAUUCCGCCGGGAUCAUACACAGGGAUUUGAAGCCUAGCAAUAUUGUCGUCAAGUCAGACUGCACCCUCAAGAUAUUGGACUUCGGCCUCGCGAGGACGGCUGGCACGACCUUCAUGAUGACGCCCUACGUCGUGACGAGGUACUACAGGGCGCCCGAGGUCAUCCUCGGCAUGGGAUACAAGGAAAAUGUCGACAUCUGGUCCGUUGGCUGCAUCAUGGGUGAGAUGAUUCGCGGUGGUGUCCUCUUCCCCGGCACCGAUCACAUCGAUCAGUGGAACAAAAUUAUAGAGCAAUUGGGAACUCCGGCGCAAGAGUUCAUGCAGCGACUACAGCCCACCGUGAGGAACUACGUGGAGAACCGGCCACGCUAUCCCGGCUACCCCUUCGAGAGGCUAUUUCCGGACGUCCUCUUUCCCUCGGACUCCUCGGAGCACAAUCGUUUGAAAGCGAGCCAGGCCAGGGAUCUAUUGUCGCGAAUGUUGGUCAUCGAUCCGGAACGGCGCAUCUCCGUCGAUGACGCCCUGCUUCAUAAUUACAUAAAUGUUUGGUACGACGAGGGUGAAGUGAACGCCGUAGAAAAGUUGAUCUAUAAGCCCGCCCCGGGUCCGUACGAUCACAGCGUCGACGAGAGAGAGCAUACCGUCGACCAGUGGAAGGAACUCAUCUACCAAGAGGUCAUGGAAUACGAGACCAGCCACAACACUGCGUCCGCUUCGCAAUCGCCAGAUACGGCGGGCUCCCGGUAGACACGCGGCUCCAGGGCCAACCUACCGCACCGGCAGCUGCCAGCAACACGUCCUCUCUCCCUGGCCGUCGCUGAUACUGCGUCGACGGCCCAGAGUAAGCCCCAGCAACGGCUCAAGAUAAAAAGAAUACUACCAGUCCCACCUAAUGUUUAAGGAGUCACUUGUCGAUCAUACCAAUAGUCGAUGUGUGUGUUUGCGACUCUUUGUCCGCUUCGCGUGUACAGUUUAAAAUAGAAAUGAAAUUCAAAUUUCGACUCGCGCUGCCGAGGCUGACGUGACGUCGCGCGGGUGAUGAUGACUAUACGACAGUCUCUUGGUUUCAACAAUCGUCCAGUCCUCUCUAUUCUCACAUUAUCUUGUUUUCGGCUUGCCAGUGCGUAUUGAUAUAUCACGAUAGUUUUGAGCUGUCAAACAAAUUCGUAUGUCCGAGCGCGGCGUCAUCGCUGACCAGCAACUAUAAUGUCUCUUGUGCACGAAUAAGAAAGUUCCCUGCUCACUCGACAAAUAUUUAAAGAGGAGAAGGUGAUUAAACUAAUAAUUAAAAACCUCGUUGGAUUCCCGGACAACAAAAAAACCCUAUAGAUUCGCCUUCGGAAGGCCUUUACGCGUUAAUGUCACGGUGUAUACGUAUUCAAGUAAACGCUGUUCAUCCGCAGUGCUCGCCACUUUUAGACAAGAUAUUGCAUUUUUUCGUUUGUUCGCUCGUGUUUGUUUAAGGAGAAUUCCGAUAUUAGGGAGAAUGUACACGUAAUAUCGCGUAGGGCGAACAAUACCCCCAGAGUUAUUUACCAAUGACGCAGAUCUCAAUUUCAAAUGAAAAUCAAAGACUACUACACUAAGCCAUGCUUUCUCGCAUAGUAAAUACAGUUAUCAUUUAUCACUAAUUAUUACCCACUAUUACCAUUACUACUACUAGGUAACUUACUAUGAGAAGGAAAAAGUAAUAAAAGUACUACUAAUUAGAAAUAAAAAAAAAUAUUGUAAACUUCUAUAUCGCGAAGCGAACAAUGUACAUAAAAAUUCAAAGGGAGAUACGAGUAAGAGCGUGCAGCAGCAGUGCGAGGCUGAGUCACUCUGGAAUAUAUAACGCCGGAGGCCGCAGGCUGAACUGAAGUUUAAGAAUAAAGAAAAAAAUGAUGAUUGUGGAGGCAAGAAACAAAUAAUAAUGAAACACCCUGUAUUUUUAUACAAGAGCGUGUUUUCGAUAAAACUACGUCCAAGUACUUUAAACAAAAAUAAGAAAAUAUAUAGAGCCUGCUGACGCGUGUCUGUUGUGGUCGAAUCGCAUUUUACGUCGUAAGUUGUGUAAAUUUUGCCGAAUCUGCGCGCGUUUGCAGAGUUGUUCUAUACCGGAAGAUAAGGAAAACAGAAGAAAGAAUAAAGCUAAUAAAUAGGGGAGAAGAAAUGAUAAAAUAAUUACGAAAAGUCUCCUUAAAAAUAAUGUCAGCAACUUGCUACGCGCAAAUCAGAAUCGUAACCAAGCAGAAAAAUAUACUCGAUUAAGAGUGUCUAGUCUCUGCAUAUCGUCGUGGUUCUAUAUAGUUAUCUCGAUUUUUCGUUAAUUGUGUCUUUGUAGAAAAGUAAUUAAAACUGUACCUUCCUUACCCCCCUUAGUAUCUCUUUCACUUUCUCUCUCUCUCUCUCUCUCUCUCUCUCUCUCUCUCUCUCUCUCUCUCUCUCUCUCUCUCUCUCUCUCUCUGUCUCUUUGGCUCUGCCUAUCCUUUUCACUCUUCCUCUAUUCCUUCUUUGCUCUCUCUAUCUCUCUCAUGCUAAUUCUCACUAACUUCUUCGUGUACACUAGCAAAAAGAAAGAUACGACAAAUGAAAUGUUCUUUCGGAAUACGAAAGAAGUAGUUUUUUCUCUCGAGUGUCAUGCGUUGAUCUUGUGUUGCAAGUUAAAGUUUUGUUUUUGUAAACCUUUAUCAGAGCUUUCACUCGAAUUAAAAACAAAGUCAGCGGUGGUUAGGCACGACAUUCGUGCGUUAACGACUGCCCUUACGAUUCCACACUUGUAAACGUAUACAUAUAUAUUUAUAAUUCGAGAACUAAAGUAAUUGACUAGACAGUGGUAUAGGCUGAAUUAGAUAUUGCAAUAUUAUUUUGCAGUAAUUAAGUGUAUCUAGAAUGUAGUGAAAAAAGACGUAGUUAGGUAGUUAGCGACAUAGGUAGUUAAGUAGUUGAGCAGAGGUAGAGAGAGAGAGAGGGGGGAGCACGAAUGAAUGAGGGAGCGGAAGAGAAAGAGAGAGAAAAAGAGCAAAAAAUAAUAAACAAAAAAAAAUGAAUAACAGUGAAAGAUACCUUAAAAAAGUUGCGAAUUAUAAAAACGAAUUGUAUCGCGCGGUCAUUUGAGGUGCGCAGGAUAAGUUGAAUAUUAUAAUAAUGCGCGCUCGUGUGCGUGCGUAUUAAUGAGUGAAUAAGUGUGUGUGGGCGUGACUGUGUAUACGUUAAUUAUUGCGAUUGAGGGAGAACGAGCAAAAUAUAAACGAUGCGAGCGUUAAAUUUUUAUUUUUCACGACGAUAGUUAUGUGAAUAUAUUGCUACAGUCCGAUCCAAAUAAUCAAGCUUUUGUAACACUCGAUAUAAUAAAGUAACGAUUAUACCGCUAGUUGCGUAAUUAAGUAAACAUAUUUUCAUUUUUCUUCACUAUAAUUAUACUUAUUAUAGGCCAUGAAAAAUUUUGUGGUAAGCCGACGUGACUAUUUGCGCGGCGCAAUUAAAGAGGUAUAUGUACACACCGGUACAUUCCUUAUUUCGAGAGUGUAAUAAGUAUCGCGUAACGAUCUGUCGCGCGUUCGUCGAGCUUUGAAAAAGUUUCGUGCACACACACAUACACACCAGAGAAUUGUCUGCAGUGCGUCUAUCUCGUUGUAAAACGCACAAAUAGCCGCGUCGCUUAGAUAUAUCGACAAGCUGUCACUGGUUAUUAUCACGCGGGUUGUUCUCUGUCUCUGCGAACGAACGCCCCAUGGGUACAUACAUAAAUUAUAUGUGUCGUUGAUUUCGCUGCUGUCAUCGCAGAAUAUAUGACCUACAACAGCGUGUGUCGUCGUCACAGAUGGUCUGGUGAAAAAGCGGUGAAAAAGCCAGCCUGGGAGGAGCAAGAGAAAAUUUCAACCAACACUGUACAAAUAAAUAAAACCUUUUUAGAGUGACACGUGAAAUAUAACAGUUUACCGAAAU